AUACCCUUCCUCAUACUAGUACAGUACUCGUACGGAGGUACUCCAUACCAUCCAACCAAAUCCACUAAGCUAAGGCCUUGUCAGCCCACUAGAACACCAUCACUAAAACACCCGCCAGCUGUCUAUUCACCAUCACCAUCACCAUCACCAUCACCAUCACCAUUUUACUGUCACUGCCACUGCAUCUUUAUAAACCCCCUCACUGACUCUUUACGCAUCUGCAUCCCAUCCCCACCCCAGUGUAGUGGCACGACGUGCCAUCAGACUGUCCUGUCCUUCCACCUCAUUCAACAUCCUUGCCAAGCCCCUGCCCUGCCUCCCAGUCAACGUCUCAAGAACUCCAGAGAACGGGGCCCUCAAUUCCUCUUCAAGUUCAACCACCACCACCAUCACCACCGACGAGGAGUGAUCGCAUUGCGAAUUCCAUGAUCAGCUCAGCCCGACAGCGACAACGACGUGACGAAAGACAGAGGAAGUUUCAGUUUCAGUGAAAUAUAGGAGGACCAACGGCUGUCAUCCUAGACAGUCAGACCAACACCCACCAUGGAAUCGCCGGCCGAUUAUUUGGAUUCUCCUAUGGAUGGUGGUGACGAUGUGGCAUAUCCGUGUAAGGGUUGCGGUGAUGUAUGUAUUGGACUUGAAUCAGAAGGUUGCGUCAAGUGCUAAUAGGCCCCAUAGAUACUCGAGGAGGGAAAGGCAUUUGAACUUGGUGAGUGAGGAGAAAGUGCUGCGGUCGCUCACAAAAGACUGCAUGACAAUGUCGCGCUCGACAUGCACUGUAGGCCUCGAGAACACCCAUAGCUAACAAUGCAAUAGCCGGUAAUCGAUGGCAUCUGAAUUGCUUCCGAUGCAACACCUGCGGUACUCUACUCGACUCCGAUGCGAAUCUCUUGCUCCUUGGCGAUGGGUCCCUGAUAUGCAACAAUUGUACAUACAGCUGCAGCGCUUGUGGUAACAAAAUUGAAGAUCUGGCGAUUCUGACGGGCGACCAAGCGUUCUGUGCAACAUGCUUUCGAUGUCGGAAUUGCAAGCGAAAAAUCGAGAAUCUACGAUAUGCACGAACCUCGCAGGGUAUAUUCUGUAUGAGCUGUCACGAAUCACUGAUGGCACGAAGAAGGAAGAAAUCGAGGGCGGCGGCGAAUGCAAAAAUGAAAAAGGAAGACCAGUCUCCGAUGCUGGUAGAUAAGUCGCUGCCAGCACUUCCACCAAAUGCGGACUUGAGGAGCACAUUUUCACCCGAUAGAGAUGUAGGGGAAGUGUUGGACAAUGAUACUCCCACAGAACUGUCCCCAAGACCACACCAAAUAUAUCAGGGAGAUUCUUCCUCGAGAAGUAGCUCACGAAGGCCCCGAGAAGCGUCUUCGGAACGCAGAGCUAGCGAAGGAACCACAAGAGAUGAGCUAACUUUACCAACAUCUACAUACCGGAAAAAUCGACAUUCGGCUAUAUCUCAAGCUUCAGAUGUCCUCGGUGGUGGUGCUGAGGAGAGCUUCUUCAUACCUUUGGCUCUUGAUACGAAUACUGCGCCAGCCGUAACGCCUCGAUCGGCCACAGAGAGCCUAACAGACCAGAGAAAAUCUAAGGAGAACAAGCGCCCCCAAGACAAGGACUACUUUACCAGUAACAAAAAUAAUGGGCGACAAGGCUCCGAGAUUCAUUCCAACGUCUCAACCCCGCACAUAGCGUUUCAAGAAAAAGGUCGCACAGCUUCCACAGAUGAAACGGCCCAGAUUAAAGAUAAUAUACGUAAAGCGCAGACGGGAGGUGUCGGCCGAACGUCCUCAGCCAAGAAUUCCCCAGCUCUUGCAAACGAUGAAGUGCGAACUCAAAUCGCUACCCCUCCAAGAAGAGCUUCGAACUCGAAAGCCCCAUCUUCUAGUGAAAAGUUCAGAUUGGGCGAAGUUCCCAAAGGUAGGAAAGCGAGCACAUCACGGAGCAAUUCCAACUCGGAAAUUGAAAAUGGUUCGCGAUCUACAACCAGCAGUGGGCUUUCGUCCAUGCCACCUCGCAAAGGAUCGUCGGCGAGCAUUCCGAAGACAGAUUCGCCUCAACCCUUACUCGCUGCCGACAAGUCUGGCACCCCCCGUUCCUCACAAGAAUCCAGGUCGAGAGACGAACCAGUCUCAAGGCCGUCUCUUGAUUCGAAUGGUUCCUCGCCGCAGGGAUCAAGAUCUGUUCAUCGCAAAGACGUCGCGUCUGGGGCUGGAGCCACGAAGACCACCAUGAGCUCAAUGAGUUCGUCAUCGGGCGUGGAAACGUCGCCUUCAACUGAUUCUUCAUCUGGUACUCCUGCCCUUACGCCCAAAGUCAAUGGCAAGACAAUCUCGGGACCAAGAUUACUGCAAUCGCCAAUAGAAGAGCAACUUGCACCACCAAGUCGUGCGCCUACCCGCCCGACCGCACCAGCAGUGAGAUUGACCGAUUCGUACAUGGCUCCAAGAGCACCUCCAGCGCCACCUUCAGCAGGUCCUCACUCUGCAAAGGAUCCGAAUUAUCUUAACGGUCAACCAUCUCCCUUGCCGCGAUGGAGCGCAGGCGGCGACUUCACAAUGGAAGAGGAUAUGGCGCGGAUACUUGGCGAGACAGAUGAACCCUCGCAAUCGAUACUGCGCCGUGUUUCCAACGCUGUACGCCAUCAGAGAGCUGGUAGUGAGGCAAGCGCAUCUGGUCGUUAUGGCCAUGGUCGCAGUGUUAGUGAAAGCACAGCACGAACAAUCUCUUCCCCACGUUGGCCCAAGACUCCGAUACUCGAGGAUGGUACCACUGCGAAGGAGAUUAGUAGCCCUAUCUCAAUUGUCGGUUCACCCGUAUCGGGCGAAGACCCAGCACUGCUCCGCAGACAGCUUCGGAAUUCGGAGCAGCGUGUUGCUGAGCUUGAGCGGCAGUUUGCCAGCGAAAAGGACAUCAAAUCCUUGAACAAGAAAUUAUUGGAAAAACGAAAAACGGUUUCGGUAUUGGAUUCGCAGACAGAAAUCAUGAUCAAACAACUCGAAGUCUUGGCAGGUCACGUUGAGAGAGCCAAGAAUUCGAAACAACCCAUCAAUAUCGCAGAAUUGGAAGAUUCUUCGGUUAAAGAGUUCGUUCAAAAGCUAGAUAGGCUAAAGCAAACUAUAUCUGGGCAGGUCGAGGCACUUUACGAAGAGCGUAAUGAUCUUCUCGAGGAAAAGAACCAGAUAAUAGCCGAUCGCGAUAGGGCCCUCGUGGAGUUCGAGCAAUUGUCUUCAAAGAACGCCCAACUCGCAGAUAUGAACAACGAUUUGACUCACCAAAUUCAAGAACGCUUCAAAGCGCAAAGUUCGGCCAACAUCGAAAAUCAAAGCCCACGACCAACAAACGGGUUGGGGAUCUAUACACACCACUCAAAAGACAAGUCAUCUGUCACACUGGCAUCGAUGGAUGAUUCAAGUAGGGGGCCACUGACAAGUAGUACGACUGUUUUCGGUAGUGUGAAUAGUUAUCCACAGUCAAUGGAGCAAGACUCUACAAUGGAGCCCGCCACCGUUCUCUCACAGCCUCAUGUGAUUAACAUUCGCAAGGGCCAAGCCAAGAAAUUUAAUUGGAAGAAGGGUGGACAAACUGUUGCCAAGGGUGUCUCCAAGGGCUUUAAAGGCGCUUUUGCUUCGGUUCAACAGGAAAAGAAUUCACAGUGGCAGGGGCAGACCGGUGAAAGUAUCGGAAUGCCAUACAACAUGACUGUUGCGCCAGUUGAAUCUGCUGCUGCUGCUGUUGGCCCAAACAACAAUCUUCCUCGACCGGCUAAUAAUGAUCCCAGACAAGCAGGAGGAUUUGGUUUGUUCAAAAAGGGUACCCCCAUACCAAAGACCAUGUCCAAUGGCGAAGUUCAAGCCGCCGCAGCUCCAUCAGUUCUAUUUGGGUCGGACCUUGUGGAAAGAGCCGAUUAUGAACGUCGACAGAUUCCAAGCGUCGUUACCAGAUGUAUUGAGGAAGUCGAGCUUCGAGGUAUGGACAUUGAAGGUAUCUAUCGAAAGACUGGCGGAAGUGGUCAAGUCAAGACUAUCCAAGAAGGCUUCGAGAAAAUGGAGGAUUACGAUAUUUCCGACUACGCCCUGGAUAUCACAGCUGUCACUAGUGUAUUGAAGCAAUACUUUAGAAAGCUGCCAACUCCUCUGUUGACCUUUGAGGUCUAUGACCGCAUAUUAGAAUCAACUUGUAAGUCCACCUAUACAUACGCGCACUUUUGUAACCUAGCUAAGCAUCAAUUUAGCCGUCGAUGAUGAGAAAGAGCGAUGUGUUCACCUUAGAAAAACAUUCAAUAUGCUACCACCAAAGCACAGGGACUGUCUUGAGUUCUUGAUAUUCCAUCUUGAUCGCGUAGCCAGAAGAAACAGUGAGAAUCUGGUAUAUUAUCGAACCUAAACUCAAACCAAUGAGCUUUUUGCUAACGGACACCAGAUGACACCCAAGAAUCUUGCUGUCGUUUUCGCUCCUACGAUCAUGAGAGAUCAUAGUCUCGAACGCGAGAUGACUGAUAUGCAUGCAAAGAAUAACGCUGUGCAAUUCAUCAUCGAAAAUACUCACGAAAUCUUCGCCAAUGCCUGAAGCCUGUCCAUCACUGAAUAAUUAACUCACCAAAUACUCGCCCACUCAUCUGCCCGUUGAAUAAACAAUACCGACAAACACCAGUAUCUAUGCUCGGAAGGCUCUCCGGAAAAUGUACAUUUUCCUUCACAUUCAGUCACUCGGCAAGGCGUUAAGGCCAUUAUCUGCGGUCUCGGAACCAUUGGAUUCUUUCCCUUUCAGCGACAUCCUCCAUUUUCAUGGUGGUGACUUAUCUAAAGUGGCGUUUUGCUAUGAGAAGGCUGUGACGAACUAUAAUGUGAGAUUCAGAUCAAACGGACGUAAUGAGAACACUUCGACUCGUACAUAACACGAAACGUCGCUUUCAAGGGAUCAUCAGUCUGGCACACUGGUAAUAUUAGCAUUUAAGAGCUUACUUCUCGUACAUGGCUUCUUUGAGUCGAUCCAGAAUCAAAUAGUUCAUUUAAGUAACCAUUGCUAUCAAAAGGUCCCAACUCGCCUCCCAUGGCUUUCCACAACUCCAUAUGAAGUCUUUUUUUAUUGUUCUGGUUCUCACUUUUGCCUCUGCCAGCGUCGCUUCACUGGUAUUGCAAACAAGGGUAGACUACUGUAGCGAGGAAUCGGUGCGUGCACAUUGUGUAGAUAUGUGUGCCGCAAAUGUUAGUAACCCUCUCUCCUAUCAACCAUCACGACUUCUCAGCUAGUUGCUGACUUGUUACUAUCACUUUCAGGCAGCUGACAAGAAGGUCCAAUCCUCCGGACGCGGUAGCAUGAACUUUUUAUGUCAGUGCAAGCCGUGACAACUAGCGGUCGACUGCAAAUCCAAAGAGGCUGUGGUGUUUUUCUUCUUUAUCUUUCUUCGUGCGUGCGUUGUGUUUGCGCCUAUUUGAUGAGCGGGUGGUUUUACGUCGAGUUGGCUUCGUUGUUGUUCGAAUUGAUAUCCAAUUGAUUUUUCUGUCUUGCUGUUUUUUUGAGAAAGGGGUUUCUGCUACAUAUUACACUGCGUUGGUGCUCGCUGGUGAAUUAGGAGGGGCUUCGCACAGUUCAGUGGUUAUCGGGUUUUGGUGUUUUGGGGGGGACGGGGAGACAAGAAGCCCAUUCAGUGGUUGGGGAUGCUGGAAAGGCCGAUUUUGCGAUGAGCGGGGGGUGAGUAGUUUGUUGGUGGUAUGGUGGAAAAUUAGCCACGACAGAUUUCAUGUGGAUACUGUGUUUGGAUUGUGGGUUGUGGGUAGCGAAAGAGCGAAUCCUUUUCCCUUUUUUUUUAUUAUCGAUUCUUGGAUUUAGGGGUGGCUCUCUUGUUUUUGUAGGUUUCUGUGGUUUUUUGGAUCAUAUGUUUAUGCCAUAAAGAUUAGGGAAUGGAUGAUUGGACGGUUGGGUGGUUGGUUGGAUGGAUUGAAUUCACUGGAUUAUAUAUGCUGUUAC